UAUGCUUCGGCUGUAGGAAGUCUCAUGUAUGCGAUGCAGUGUACCAGGCCUGAUAUCUGUUUUGCCGUUGGCAUUGUGGCUAGAUAUCAAGCGAAUCCAGGUCAAGCUCAUUGGACUGCUGUAAAGCACAUACUCAAGUAUCUUAAACGGACUAAGGAGUAUGCGCUAGUUUACCAGUCUCAUGAUCUGACACCAGUAGGGUAUGUAGACGCCGAUUAUCAAGGUGAUAAGGACAAGAGGCGGUCUACUACUGGCUAUGUGUUUAUGUUUGGAGGUGGAGCCAUUGUGUGGAGAAGUGUAAAGCAGAAAUGCAAUUCACUAUCCACCAUGGAAGCCGAGUAUGUAGCUGCUUGUGAAGCUGCUAAAGAGGCUGUAUGGCUCAGGAACUUUCUAGCUGAGAUUGAUGUGAUUCCUAGCUUGCCUAAAUGUAUUACAAUUUAUUGUGAUAAUGAGGCUGCUAUUAUGAAUACCAAGGAUUCAAGAUGUCAUCAAUCCAUGAAACACAUUGAUGGCAAGUAUCAUUACAUUCGGUCAGUGGUCAAGCAUGGUGAUGUUGCAUUACUACAUAUUGCGGGAGUUGAUAAUCUUGCUGAUCCUUUCACGAAGAGUCUUCCUGGUGCGGUGUUCAACAAGCAUGUUGAAGACCUUGGAGUUCGUGACCUCCCGAUACUAAACUAAACUUUAGUAUAAGUGGGAGAAUUUGUAAUAGAGAUUUACAAGUGAGUGGAGAUUUACAAGUGAGUGGAUAGCUAGGAUAUUAUCAGUUUAUUAGUCACGUUGUAUACUAAAAGUUUGCUUUAGUAUAAGUGGGAGAAUUGAAGGGUUAUAUACUUAAAGCAACACUUUUAUGCUUGUAUAUAUUGAUACCUUAUUCACUACUAUUUUCCUAUCUGAAUUAUUGUUAUUGCAUAAUCCUAUUAUAGUCCAAUUUAUCUCAUACUAUAGAUUAUAUGGUGUGUUGUAGAUCACAGAAGAUCAUAUAAUUGGAAAAAGUUGAGAUAUAAAUUGAGUUCACAAUCGAGGCAACUAUGGACGAGUUGCUGGUUUAGAUUGUAGCAUAAAUGGAUAAAUAGUUUGUCUUGGCUAUUUAUUUAUGCUAGUACCUUCGUGUAUUGAACAGGAUCACAGUGAGAUGAAUUCUUAUAUUCUGACUAAUUAAGAAUCAAGAUCUCGGUGACUUAAAUAAUUUAACCUUAAUUGAAUUAAUCGGUGUAAAUAAUUAAUUGAUUAUUACUUUGAUUUAUCAUGGGUGAGAACUCUGUUGAAGUUCAAGAUACUCGAUACUUUGAGUGAUAACAAUUAUUAUUUGAUAUGCGAUUAUAUUGCAAUAAGGAUCCGUGUCCUGCUGAUAACAGGAUGAUAAUAUCAUCUUGAGGAACUUAAUAAGUUUAUCGUAUUAAACCCUGCAGGUGGAAUUAGUUCCGAUACGAUAAUAAGUUUAAGUGGUAGCACUCGAGAUGUCGUUUAUAAUUAAACGACUAAUUAAUUAAUUAAUUGACCGUCAGAGGAAUUAAUUAAUUAAUGGAUAUUCGAUAUCUUAAACACGGAGAUUAAUUAAGUCUAAUACUAGCCCCGACUCACCUAAAGAAUAAAGAGGUAAUUCAGUAUUAAUUUUCUAGUGGAAUAAAUUAAUACUAGUGUCUCGAUUUAUAUUCUGGGCUGAAUAAGAAAAUCGAGCACUGGGAGGCCAAACUUUAUUCGAGCUAGUAGAUCCCCGGUUGGCCCAAAUAUAGGCUUAAAUCUCAAGAGAACAAUGUACCAAUUCUCUAAAGGAUCUUUCUCUUAAUUAUAAUGAUGGGCAUUAUUAUUUAUUCUAAAUAAUAAUUAAAUGACCAUGAUUGUCCAACUUUCACUUUUGCUAUUGUUUAAACUAUCACUAGCCGAAAGUGAUGGUAAAGGAAUGAAAGUUGGUGCUUAUUCAUGCACAUCAUUAUCUUUUCACUUUUGCUAUGCUUUUGCUAUAUUUUUAGCAUGAAAGUGUGCAGAGAACGGUAGGUGAAAGAGUGUGUGAGAAAGAGUUAGAGAGAGAUAGGUGAUUUGCAAUUCUCUAGAUUGAGAUAAGGAUUCGAAGAUAGUUGUCAUCCAACGUUGAAUCUUGCCGUGGGAACAAUUCGGAAGAUCAACUCUGGAGUCGAUCACUUCUCGUUUCGCAGGCAUGGAGGAGGGGCAGCAGGUUUAGUGUAGGGUGGCUGAGUUGACAAGUAUGGCCUUUUGAAUUGAAAAGGAAAAUGGGCUGGAGGUGAAGAGUUGCAGCGGGUAGUAGGAGGAUUUGGGGUGUAUCUAUUGUACUUCACAUAUGCUUGUAUAUGUAUGCAUGAAUAGAUAGUUAUGUGUUGCUUCCACUUUAGUGUAGGCUUUUUAUGUAAUAGAUAUGAAUGUAAUUAAAUCCUUUGUGUAUCUAUAAAAGUGAUUCUUUUCGGUUU